UCGCCCGGUUACUAAGUUUUGUGUUUUGCGCCAUGGCGGGAAAUAUAUUGGAAAAUCUUUGAUUCACAAAUUUUGACCUUUUUUUAGCCAUGAAGCGAGAGAUUUACCAACAGAUAUUAUCCAUGAUGCAUAUGUAUGGUUCAAGGGACUGUUUAAAAACCAUAGCUUUGCAGUUCCCCGGUGUGACAUAUAACACUCUAGUUAGUAUAUACUCACAAGAUUAUCAGAAAAAGACAAGAAAAAACCACCACAAGCAUCAUAAGCCAGAUGUGAUGGAGACCUAUUACAAGAGAUAUUUGUCAGGUGUAUCUCAAGACUCAGGAGAGCCUGUAUUGUUAAGGAUUGCAGAAGAGGUUGAUUUAUCACAUUCUCUUCUGGCAAGAAUAGUGCUUGAAAGACAUCUAUCUCACACUUGUUACGAGGGACAAAAUCCUCCAAGAGGUGUGGUGAGCCAGAUGAUGAAAGAUCCUCUGUCUCUCAUAGAGGACAAGACACUAGCUACUGAGGUGCACCAGUGUAUACUGAAUGAUCCAAACUACGGGCCCUUGGUGGACAACAUCAAACGUUCUGUCGGUUACGAGUACGAGUUAAUUCUACGAGAGAGACUUGAAAAUCGAGGCAUUCAGUUCCUUGGUGAAGAUGACUUGAGAAGUCGUGGAUACGACAAAACACCGGACUGCAAACUGGAAAUUCCUAUCGCUGUAGACGGUUGCGUGAUUAAUUGGAUUGAAAGCAAAGCUUCGUUUGGCGAUGAGUACAACCACCAGACGUAUUUGAAAGAUCAGUUCUGGAGUUACUGGAACAGAUUUGGUCCAGGCAUGGUGAUUUACUGGUUUGGUUUCAUCGAUGAACUGGAUUGCAACCGAGAGCGUGGAAUCAUCUUAAAAGAUGACUUCCCGACAGAUAUCAUUACCCUAGAAUCCUUUUUAGAAACCUCUUGAUUAAACAAAGGUAGAUAAGGGAAGGAAGAAUCUUUGUGGAUUGGAGAGAUCGAGGUUUGCCAAGCUGCCGUCGAUUUGAACCAAAAAAAAAGGAUUUUGGACGCAGGGUGUGUUAGCGCACGUCUCGCGUGGGUCACGCGCGUGUAAAUCGGGAUUUGACAGCGAAAGCACGAUGCUUACUCCAUGAUUCACCUCCCGUGCCUGCUUCAAGUUGUGGAGUUCUAGAUUGUAAUGCUGAACUGUAAUGAAGCUGGCAUAGUACUUCUAUAAUACCUAAAGAAAAAGUUACACAAUUCUAGAAGUCCAAAUCACGGUUUCUGUAACAUGAAACAGUUAAGAAUGUUGGUGCUCUUCUUGGACGAGAUUGAGAGCCGUAAAAUUUCCCUGAAAUUGUUACGGUAUGCACCUAUACUGGGUGGAGUCGGUAACCAUCUAUACUCCUGGGUAGAGAGAGGCAAUAGUAAAGUGAAUUAUCUUGUACAAGAGUUGAACAUGAUGACCUCUCGAGAGGUCUUCCCGACCGUGUUGCUCCAGGGUCACUUACAUCUAAUUUGUCCUCACAAUAUCAUUCCUGAAUCAAGCAUUGACGUCACGAGAACAAAGGAAGUAAUCACCAACUGUUGAAGCUCUGUAAAUACCACAAGAAAUGCAUAUAGAAGACUACGGAGAAUAUGCUUUUUGACGUUAGAGUGUAAAAAUCUCAUUGGGU